CUCUGUGUAGCGCGGGGGGAGUCGGUCGGCCCGUUGUCCGGUCGCAGGGUCCACAGACUCUUCAGCUUCCAGCGUCACCUGCGGCCCACCCGGCUGCUCCGCAACACCCCCUCACGCCCCUACGCCCCCCUGCACAUCCUCGACGAAGACUAUCUGGGACAGGCCAAGUGUAUGCUGGAAAAGGUUGGAAGCUGGAAUUUUGACAUUUUCCUGCUGGACAGAUUAACAAAUGGUAACUGCCUGGUGACUCUGACGUUCCACCUGUUAAACCAGUACGGCCUCAUAGAACUCUUCCAGUUAGACAUGGUCAAACUACGACGAUUUUUAGUUCUGGUCCAGGAGGAUUACCACAGCCAGAACCCGUACCACAACGCGGUCCACGCAGCCGACGUCACCCAGGCCAUGUACUGUUACCUACGGGAGCCCAAGUUGGCCAAGUCUCUGACCUCCUAUGACAUCCUGCUGGGGCUGCUGGCGGCGGCGACUCACGACCUCGACCACCCCGGAGUCAACCAGCCCUUCCUCAUCAAGACCAACCAUUACCUAGCAGUCCUAUACAGGAAUACCUCAGUUCUGGAGAAUCAUCACUGGAGAUCAGUCGUGGGGCUGCUGCGGGAGACGGGACUCUUCUCACACCUACCAGCAGAGGACGGCUUGAACAUUGAGCGCCAGCUGGGUUCCCUCAUCUUGGCCACAGACAUCAGCCGCCAGAACGACUACCUGUCAAGGUUCCGAACACACCUGGACCAGGACGACCUGUGCCUGGGCAACGCCACCCACCGACACUUCAUCCUGCAGAUGGCCCUGAAGUGUGCCGAUAUCUGCAACCCGUGUCGGCCGUGGGAAUUGAGUAAACAGUGGAGUGAGAAGGUGACCGAGGAGUUCUUCCAGCAAGGUGAGAUUGAGAAGAGGCACCAGCUGGAAGUCAGUCCCCUGUGUGACAGCCAAGCCAACACCAUGGGGGACAUCCAGAUAGGCUUCAUGUCGUACGUGGUGGAGCCGCUGUUUGCGGAGUGGGCGCGCUUCUCGGACACGCGUCUCUCCCAGUGCAUGCUGGGCCACCUGGGUCUGAACAAGGCCAGCUGGAGCGGGCUGCGGGCCGUGGGCAGCCUGGACCAGACCGAGCCCGACCCAGAACCCCCUCCAGGUCCAUCGGGCCCAGCAGCAGCAGCGGCACCAGGGGGUCCAGCGGGCCGAGCCUUCCCCAGACGCCACUCCACCACCACCACCGCCACCGCCACAGAAGAACCAGAACCCCCCAGCAGAACCUUAUCUCAGGGAAGCCACGAGAUAUGACCCCACACACACACACACACACACCACACCUAACGUAACCCACCAUAACAUAACAUAACCAGCCCCUGGGGAAAGGCUGCACUGUGCGUGCGUG